UCUCCGAGGCAUAUCAUUGCUCGCUGUUCUUUUAGUGUUGGAAUAAUAACAUCUGUAUCUUUGAGACAACAAACUUCGACGACGUUCCCUGUCAACUAUCUGAUACGGUGUCAGAACAUCCGGGCGCUCCUAAACAAAGGCGUGUCUUUGUAUGAUCGAUGGAGGGUCUUGUUGUGGAAGUCCGGGGUAGUAAUGGCGCUUAUUACAAGGCGUUUGUUCGCAGCGUAAGCGACUCUACAGUUCGCGUGGCGUUUGAGAACGACUGGCAAGCAGAGAAAGACAUUCCUCAUGAAGAUGUUCGUCUUGUUGCUACAAUUCCACCAGACAUUCAGUUUCACGUAAAUGAUGAAGUUGAGGUGUUUUCGCGUGCAAGUGAAGAGGAGCCAUGUGGCUGGUGGAAAGCUAAAGUAACAAAGGAGAAGGGCGAUUUCUAUGUGAUUGAAUAUUUGGGAUGGGAUUCAAAGUAUACAGAAAUUGUAGAGAGAGAGAGGCUACGUCCAGUGAACAAGCUGCCUUCGUUAAGUAGAAAUCAUUUCUACUCAUGUGCGUUUAGCAUUCCAGAUGAUCUAGUGCAAGAUUGUCAUGAUGAAACACUCCACAGAGACUUUAAAGCGGUUCUAGGUCCUGUGUCAAUCUCCAUAGAUGAUGCCAAUCGUCAGUUAGUGGUUCUGUCUACAGAUGCUGAAGCUAUUGCAAAAGCUGAAACAAUAGGUGAUUUGCACAUGAAGUCAAUUAGCGCAAAACUGACUAUCAGACAUCGUACAGAUGAAGCUCGAACCAAAUUGGAGAGCACUCGUCUUGGUACCGACCACGAGAACUGCAUUGUGGAGACUUUUCAGGUGAAAGCAGAUUUUGUGGGUUUGGCUAUUGGAACACGAGGGUCAAAUAUCAAUGAAGCUAGAGAGCUAGCUGGUAUUACAGCUAUUGAUCUGGAUGAGAGGAACUGUGUGUUCACAAUAUAUGCUGAGACUCGCGAAGCAGCUAAGCAAGCUCGUUCAAUGUUAGAGUAUUUUGAGGAAAUUAUCAAUGUGCCUGCAGAGUUUGCUGGCCAUGUUAUUGGAAAGAAUGGACGUGUUAUUCAGGACAUUGUGGAUAGGACAGGAGUUGUCCGUCUCAAUAUACACAAUGAAAAGAAAGAAGAUCAGGUUCCUUUUUCUUUCAUUGGUUCUAAAAAGAGCAUUGAUAAAGCUCGCUUGAUGGUCAGUUACCACAUUGAACACACAAAGGAAUUGGAUUCUCUACGUUGUGAGCAACUAGCUCUAGACCAACAGCUGAGAUCUCUGGGAGCACUUCCAAGUUUUUCGUCUCCUUUCGGAGGCGGUGGAAGUGGAAUAUACUUUCCUCCUGGUGGAGCAAGGGGCCGUGGAAGAGGAAGGGGGCAACGUAGAGGUAGAGGACCCAGACCAGGCAGACAGCAGGAACAAGAUGAUAAUGAAGCGAACGAACAGGGUGAAGAGAAUGGUCAGCAUGAAGAUGCCAAUGAUGAUGGAGAAAGAGAUGAACACACAAGAUCAGACCAAGGAUAUCAGCAUCAUCAAGAUCAUGAUGAUGACAACACUCAAGGUGAAGUCCAACAACAGCCACAAGGAAGAGGCAGAGGCAAACGUCGACGUGGUGGCGGUCGUAGACGAAGAGAACAGUAUGACUCAAAACAAGAUCAGGAAGAGAGGGACACGAGUGAUCAACGAGGGCCAAGAGAAAACAGGCAACAGACUCGCCGUUCUGGAGCACGGCGCCGUGUUGAUGCUGAUGAUAAUGCGAGGGGACAAUCAACAGUUGGGAAACAAAGGGAAGAUGGAAUGGAAAAUGGAGAAGCUUGGGAAGAAGAGCCAAGUGACAAAGCAUUGCCUCAACGCCAGCCACGUCAGAGACAAGGUCGAAACAGACAGAGAGAGAAUGGAGAACGUGAUUCCAGCUGAUUACCAUGUCUACUGAUCAUGAAGCAUGCAGUAGUAGUUUGGUUGAUUGGCAACCACCAUCUGGCAUUAGAGAUAAUUGUUAUUUUUACACUCUGGCUUGAUCUGUGAUUGAGUCUGUUGGUUAAUCCGUGUUCAGUAACUUGCCUUCGUGUUUCUACAUUGAUUCAUUCAUUGUGUUUCUGUGUGCACACUUAAGAUUUUCUGUUUGCAA